CAUUUUCGUCGUCUCAAAAAAAGAACGAGAAAGUAAGAACAGAAGAAAAAAGAACGAAGCGUCAAUGGCGAAGCCACUGGGUCCCACCGGAGAAUUUUUCAGGCGCCGCGACGAGUGGAGGAAGCACCCGAUGCUCCACAAUCAGUGGCGCAACGCCACCCCCGGCCUCGGCAUCGCUCUGGUUGCCUUCGGAAUCUACCUCGUCGGCGAAAUGGCGUACGACAAGAUCUACGCGCCCAAGCCCCAUUCUCACUCUCACUCCACUCACUGAAACUCGUUAUCGGAUGAACGAGUGAUGUCAAAGCAUGGAGCGGAAUCGUGUUCUCGCUUUCCUUGAUUUCUAUGAGUGUGUUCGAAUAAAGCGUUCUUCAGACUUGUUUGUUGUUGACUUUCAGUCUUGCUAAAACUUCAAACUUUUGUUACCAAAUUAUGAAUAGCUAAUUUUCCGUCGGUUGUUUCUCUUUGUGUUUGCGUAUCGAAUAAUGAAUUGAUGAUGCAUACAUAUGCUGUUCUGCAGAUA